CGAAAGAGAACAGAGUAGUGGGUGAGGGAAGUCGGACGAAAGGGGAGAGUGGAAACGGAGAGGUCUAGAGAGGGAGAACGAGAUGGCAACGUCGGCCAAGACUCAGCCUCUGCAGGAGAGGGAGGUAGAGCCUCCGGGGGAUUUGAACCUCACAGACUAUGAAGCGAUGCGGCGGGUCCGUAAGGCGGCGUUGACCUGUGCUUUCGUGGAUGACCCGACGGCUUACCCUCAACGGGUCAAUGGGGAAUGCACGUUGUGGAUCAACGAGAAAGUAGCUAAGGCGCAAAUCACUUAUCUGCGGGCGCAUGUCAUCUUGAUGUGCUUUGACGGCCCUUUGAAGGAUCUCGCCCCGAAGACGAAAAUGAACUGGGUCAAAGAGUGGGAAGCAACGAGUUGGUCGGACAAGGGCCAAGGCGGGGCACUCGGGGCGAUUGACUCUGGAAGGCAACACGGCGGCUUUCUACUGGGCGCCGACGGCGGACCUGAGGAACUGGCUAAUCUACGAGAAGCAUCGGGAGGCCAUUACGAGUCCUUCUUUGGAGCGGUCAAAAAGGAGCAAGGCAAGUGGAUGAUAGACGCAGAAGGGAAGGAAUCCGUCCGCUUCGACUUGCACCCACCACUGAAGAGCCAAGCCCUGGAGCGCUUCGCAGUGGCACAGGCAUACUAUGGGCGUCCGGAGGUGAGAUGUGUCACAAGUGAAACACCAUGGUGCGAGCAUUGCCAUCGGCACGGCCAUUUGGCGGGAGCCACCAGGUGCCUCACCCUCGCAGAGACGAAGGAGGAGAUGACCAGCCGAGAGGAGCGCCUAAGGAGUGAUCUGGGACUGCCGGAAGACGAGCACGCGGAGAUCGAAGCAUGGGCCCACUAUGAUAGAGAGUUUGACCAGAUCAUCUUCGCCGAGAUCCUCAUGAACGACAGCCUGGGGGAUGUUAAGGAGGUGGGGAACAUGCCCUUCCUCCCGAGGCACCAAGCCCCGCAGCCUCGAGAAGCCGAUACACAACUAUCCCAUCGGAGCCAGCUCGUGGGGCAAUCUCGACGGGCCCAGCAAGAACCUAAGAUGCAGGGAAGGGGCGAGACACCGGACGCUGUGAUGCCCGAUGGCGCCGGACAGCCGCAAGUACAGGAAGAGAGACCCCGAGGACAGGAGCAGAGCGGUCAGGAUAAAGGCCUAAUGGAGGAGCAUCAUCCAGCCUGCGGACGGGGGGCUGGGGGGCAAGAAGAUACGGAUCGAAGACAGCGGGUCCAGAAGGAGAGGGAGAGGGUAGAGGUCGGAGUGCAGGAGACAAAGGACCAAUUGGCGACUGGCAGUGAACAACACCAGCCCGGUGUCGAGGAGAAGGUUGUGGCAGAGACAGGAUGGAGGGCCAUGGAAGUCGAUACAGAAGGAGAGCAGGCAGGGGCGGGACAACAUAGGGAAGGCGAGAGAAGUCGGGGAAACGCCUCGCAAGGCCAUCAUCAACAACCGCCACCCUCGGAAGGCGAGGGACGCGACAACCAGAAUGGAAGAAUGGACGAUGGAACCCUAGAGAGAAAGGGGAAGACGGCGAUGCCAUUGCAAGGCGGGAAGAAAGGUGGUUGGUUGUUGGACUGUUUGGAAUCUUUGUUAGAAAGCGAGGAACGAGACCUGAAGGCGGAUGCGAAAGGAGGGGGAGACACGCACGGCCAAAGCCGACAACCCGGACCCCCAGAGAGGGGGGGGGGUCAGGCUUAUAGUAGAAGGGACGACAGGGGAACUAAGGAAAAGAAGGAGAGUCAGGCAAAACCGCUCUGCGAGACGAAGAAAGGCGGCUGGCUAUUGGAGUGCUCGGGAUCUAUGCUGGAGGAGGCACCGAAGGGAGCCACGGAACAGAUACCAGCGAAGGACGAGGAAUUACACAGGAAUAAGCCGGGAAAGGAACCCCAGCAGGGUGGGUUGGGUAAAAAGAGGGGUAGAGCAAGGCGGAAGACGAGGAGGAUGGGGGCAUCAGACCAAGACGUGAGCUCAUCAGACGCGGAAAUGGCUAUAUGCCAGAAGCCCCUUCUGGACCCCCCGAGGGAGAAACCCCCCCCUUCUGUCCCCCCCCUUCCUGUCUCCCCCUUGCUGCCUCCUGUCCCGGCCCCUUUGGGUGAACUGCACGAUGGAAGUACCUCUCCCCGGGCUGGGGCGGCACGGCCUGCCGGUGGGGAGAAAUUUAGUGAGGAGAUGAGCCCACCGCAGCCGGGCACGAGGUGGACUAAUCCUCUCGUUUUGAGUAGCUCGACUUCUUUGUCCCUCCCCCCUCCCCCCCACCCUGACCCUGCGCGGCGAAGAUUAGACGAGAUAGAGCAAAUUCAGGUGGAUGAGAUGGAACUCAUGGAAUACCAAAGGGUUGAGGAGGAGGAGGAGAAUCCGGGACCGAUCCAGCAAGAGGAAGAAAAUCAGGUGUUCAAUGACAUUCACGUCAGGAGAAUGUUGCUACUAGAUGGGAAGUUUGACGAGCUUCGAGCGCAAGGCCGACUCCGAAUUGUUCCUGUGAUACUCCGUCUUUGGGACAUCAAGCUUCAGAUCUUGCUGUGUCGACCAAAAGACGAUGAGCACACCCCAACCAUCCCAUUCCUCAAGUUUGCAAGACAUCCUUCCAUGCAGCAGGCGAUUGUAAUGGCGGAAAAAUGGCUCGGCAACGACUGCGACGUCUUGCCAAUGAAGGGCGUGUCGGCGAUCCGGCUGCUUUUGAAGUCAGACUCGGAGGAUAGCUUGGGGGCAUAUUGCUUUCUGCUCCGAGCAGAGUCCCGGAAACACGUAGCCCAAGUGGCGGACCCCCUGUUUUGUUGGAACGACCUCGAGCCGCUAACGUUGGCAUUGCCAAAUCCGGAAGGGCUGCCAAAUCCGGAAGAGACUUCAACCACCUACAAGGAAACGUCCUCGUUUCUGAAGGCAUGGCGGGACCUGGCCCCACUUGAGCUUAAACCACCGGAGUCGACAGACCAGAUUCUCCAGCAGCCUUUGUUUGGCAACCCGCUGAUUCGGGACAGCAACGACGAACAGUUUCCAUGGGCAGGCCCCAGAGGCGCGUUCGGCAAAGCCUGGCUCAAAGUCGGGGUGGCGAGAAUAGCAGACCUCUGGGACUUACAGACCAAGGACUGGCAGCAGGAGGCGGCGCUGCUUAAGCAGCUGGAUGGCCAAACGCAUAAGAAGGAACGGCUACACCGCAUCAAGCAGGCGAUCUCGGGGAUAUGGGUGGACGCUCUCAGAACGAUGCAGAGUUUUGACAGGGAAUGGGUGACGCUCAGAUCUGAAGACCCGGUCCGCCUGCUAUUCCAGAUCACGACCCAGGCCCUGGAGCGCUUCUCAAUGGCCCAAGCGUACUACGGUCGACCUGAGAUAAGAUGUGUUACUAGUGAGACGCUGUGGUGCGAAAACUGCCACAAACAUGGCCAUCUGGCGGAAGCGGGAAGAUGCCUGACGCAGGCGGAAACCAAGGAAGAAAUGAAUUACCGAGAACACCGUCUUAAGAACGACCCUGGCCUGCCGGAGGAUGAGCAUACGGAGAUUGCGGCGUGGGCGCACUUCGAAAGCGAAUACGAUCAGAUAAUCUUCGCUGAAAUUACCAUGAACGACAACCUUGGGGAUCUGAAGGAGGUGGGGAAUGUAGCCCUCGUACCAAGCCAGAAGAAAGUGCCUCAUCUGGAGAUACGAGCGGGGGCGGGACACGUGGAACGGCAAUCGAAGGCUGGACAGAAGUCACCGCAGCCGAAGCAAGCACAGAGGAGAGAGGACAUGCCGAAACGGGCGCUGGGGCAGGCGCCCCAACCAGCAGUAGAAAGGAAGGGUGUGGAGGACAGGCGACAGGAACCUUCCCCGCAGGACGAGGAUCGAAGCGCCAAACCGCAAAGUUGGAAAGGCGAGAGGGAGGAACCGCCGAAAGAAGAAUGGGCCAAAGGGCUGGAACGGCGGCACCGCGCAACAAUUGGAAUGGUCGCUGACGAAGCGCCAGGAGCAGUAAGCCGGCAAACAGCGGAACUAGGAGACGGAGAAACUUACAGACGCCGGGAGAACGCAAAGACAGCAGGAAAGAGUGAUAUGGAGAUAGACCUGAGAGGGCAAGAAGAGGAGAGUGGACUAAAACAAUCGGGAGUACAGCAGCAAACCCUGGACGAAAACCGAGAGGUCAAGAGCAAAGAGAGGAGGGCAGAAGACCCGACUACUCCGCAAGGCCUGCUGUCUGGGAGGGCAAAGGCACCAGGGAUAAGCGAUAUGGAGGUAGAUCUCAGAGGGCAAGAAGAGGAGAUUGGACCAAAGCAGCUGGGAGUACAGCAGCUAACCCUGGGCGAAAAUCAUGAGGUCAACGGCAAACGAUUGAAAGAGAGGAGGGCUGAUGACCUGACUACUGUGCAAGGACUGACGAUCGGGAGGAGCAACCGACCAGGGAGUGGCGACGGAGACAAGAACCAGCAGAGGAUGGCGGGCCGGAGGACACAAGGGGGAUGGUGUUCAGGAUCUGUUCAAGAGGCAAGGCGAUCGGAGGAAGACCUCCUGAGGACCUCCGAAAAACAGAUGGUGGAGAAAGACAAAGAAAUCGAGUCGCUCUGGGACGCCAGCAUGGAAGAACCACAAUUUUCGUUGGUGGGGAAAAAGAGAAGCAGGGCACGGAAAAAGACGAGGGUGGCUCUUUCUGGAGCGUCGGCACAGGAAACGAGUGCAUCGGAAACGGAAAACCUAAAGCGUCAGAGACCCCUCCUGAGCACGCCAAUCAACCAACCUCACACACCCACAGCUACGAAGACGCCAGAGCAACAGACCAAUGUGGGGCCCGAAGAACAGGCGGAUCCGGAUCCCGGCACGGCAUGGGCCAACCCCCUUGUCCUCAGCAGCUCUGCCUCCCUCUCGCUUCACCCCAUCCAGCCUCGGGCACAACAAGGACUGAAGGAGAUUGAUCAACUGCAGCUGGACGAGAUGGAACUCAUGGAAUUCCAGAGGGUGGAGGAGGAGGAGGAGAACCCGGGACAGAUACAACAAGCAGAAGAGAAUCGAGCAUUCAACGAUAUACAUGUGCAACGCAUGCUGGUGCUGGACGGCAGGUUUGACGAGCUUCGACAGCAAGACCGCCUCCGAAUUGUCCCCCUUGUACUGCGUAUAUGGGAGGCCAAGCUCCAGAUAUUGUUGCGCCAAGCGCAAAAGGAGACCAGACUGCCGACCAUCCCGUUCCUCAAAUUCGUCGGCCACCCCUCCAUUCAAAAGGCGAUGGCAAUGGCGGAGAAAUGGCUUGGCCCGGACUGUGACGUGCUGCCCAUGAAGGGCGUGUCAGCGAUCCGACUGCUAUUACGACCAGAAACUGGGGAGAGCCUUGGAGCAUAUUGCUUUAUGCUCCGAGCGGAAUCACAGAACCAUGUGGCCCAAGCUGCAGCCCCCCGGUUGGAAUGGGCAGAUUUGGAGCCUCUCACGGUAGACCUUCCGAAUACGGACGAAACUUCCACCACGCAUGAAGAGACAAUUGGUAUCCUCGCCCUCCUCAACAAACGACUUCCCGAGAACAAGAGAUUCACGCACGCAUCAUUCAUCACGGACCCCGAAACAUGGCUUCGGGGACCGCGGCAGGGAGGAAGGCAAUCGUCUCACACAAUUCGCUACGGGAACACCAGUCUCUCUCGUCUGCGCGGUAAGGCGGCUAGACUGUGAAGGUAAGGCGGCUGGAUUGUGAAGCUAAGGCGGCUGGACUGUGACUGAUCCACAUGAGAACGCUGGCGGGAACACCACUGCGUAUUGAGCCAACGGCUCU